CCUUUGUCCUGUGACCCCCUCCCCACCCAACACGCCUCAUCCCCUUCCCCUACACACUAACUUGCAGUGAGAGUGUGUGUGUGUGUUAGUACAGCCCUCCACCACCACCACCACUACCGCCCUCCUCCCCUUGUGUGAGUGUAUCUGCCGGGGCUGAUGCCGUGUCUGAGGCAUGGGGGGUUAAAGAGGAGGACUGCUUGCACCCGUCCCCCCCACCCCAAAAAAGAAAAAACUACCUGUGUGGCCCCCGCAUGCACGCAUGUGGAGGAAGGAGGACAGCGGACCGGGGAUGUGUUUGAUGCGGGGACAAGGUCUUAUUAUCCCCGAGACAACAACAGCGACGAGCGCCUCCUCAGCAUUUUAUUGGACAUUUAUUGACCACGUAAAAAUAAGGGGUUGGAGGACAUGAGCCGCUGUGCGUAAUAGAGGAGGAGGAGGAGUGGACGUUGGGACGCAACGCUGCCCUUGUGUUGAUAGUCGGAAUAAAACAUGACAGUGCUGUUGUUGCCUACCUGGAGCACAGUUUGACCAAUAACCUGACAAAGAUGGUGACUUCCUCCAUCUGUGUCUUCUCCCUGUCCUCUGCAGGCAUGGCAUGUGCCGACUCUUUCCUGUGAAUAUGCCUUCGUAAAGUUCUCUGGCUCGCCAACAGUCGCCGGGAUUCCCCGCAAUAUUUUCAACAAGAGACGGAGGCAGAGAGACAGAGAGGAAAGGAGCAAAAAAAUCAGCAAAAAUGGACAAAGAGAGUAUUGGCACUCGGUAUGAGCCCGUGGCCGAGAUCGGAGAAGGCGCUUAUGGGAAAGUGUACAAGGCGAGGGACCUGAAGAACGGCGGACGAUUUGUAGCCCUGAAAAGAGUUCGAGUCCAGACGGAGGAAGAGGGGAUGCCUCUCUCCACCAUCCGGGAGGUGGCGGUACUGAGGCAGCUGGAGGCCUUCGAUCACCCCAAUGUUGUCAGGUUGUUUGACGUGUGCACAGUCUCUCGAACUGACCGAGAAACCAAACUCACCCUGGUCUUUGAGCAUGUGGAUCAGGACCUGACCACCUACCUGGAGAAGGCCCCCGACCCUGGAGUACCACCUGAGACCAUCAAGGAUAUGAUGUACCAGCUGCUCCAGGGGUUGGACUUCCUGCACUCUCACCGCGUUGUCCACCGCGACCUGAAGCCCCAGAACAUCCUGGUCACCAGCGGAGGACAGAUCAAAUUGGCCGACUUCGGCCUGGCGCGCAUCUACAGCUUCCAGAUGGCGCUCACCUCUGUGGUGGUGACACUGUGGUACAGAGCCCCAGAAGUGCUGCUCCAGUCCAGUUACGCUACACCAGUGGACCUGUGGAGCGUCGGCUGCAUCUUUGCUGAGAUGUUCAGGAGAAGGCCGCUGUUUCGAGGAAACUCAGAUGUUGAUCAGCUGGGAAAGAUUUUUGAUGUUGUCGGGGUACCUUCAGUAGAGGACUGGCCCCAGGAAGUGGCCCUUCCACAGAGUGCCUUCACCCCUCGGCCCCCUAAGCCAAUAGAAGACUUGAUUCCGGACAUGGAAGAGCAAGGACGGGCCCUCUUAAUGCAAUUCCUCGCCUUCAACCCCUCCAGGAGGAUAUCGGCCUUCGCGGCGCUGAGCCACGCCUACUUUCAAAGCGUGGACAGCCACAGUAGAAGUGUGUACGCGGCCCAGCCCAUCCCCAGCAACAAGCCCACUAUGGAGGAGAGGAGCGCUUGACAGUCGUCCCUCACCCUCAGUCAUCCAACACAGCGUCUAUGAAAAGCGUUCAGCUCGCUUCUCUGCCGUCUGCUUCAUGUUUGCUUUCACAGCGUGAAAUCAAAGUGCGUUGAUUAACAUUUUCCAGACUCUGUUUGGCGGAUGAAUAUUAAAUGUCAAAGUGAAAACAAAACCUGUAGAAACGGAUGAAAAUUUUAAGUUCAAAUACAAAACACAAACUAACUGAUUGAAAGGGUGCAAAAUUCAGAAUAUUUAUCAGACCUUAGGCAUCAGUCACCGCCUUGCAUCUGUGUAGUAUCUGUAUCAGUGUUGCACAUUUCAAGAAAGCUACUUUUCUUGUUUGCAAACGUGCAUAAGCUCUGUUAAGUUAUAUGGAGAGUGUGACUGAGCAGCAGCUUUAAGUUCUGCAUGAAAUUCUUGAUUAGAUUGUGAUUGCACCCUUUCCUUUUUUUGCUUAAAGACUGAGCUCACUCUGCUCCAUACUCACUGCCUCCACAUUUUACUGAUCUCCUUCCAAUGACUCCUCAUUUUUCAUAAUGUCUAUCUAUUCAUAGUGUAGUUUAUGUCCAUAGCUGCAGCAGAUGCAUUUAACAAAAAAACAAAACAAAUUUUAAUGACACACAUGAGAUUCUAUCUACUAUCCAACCUCAGAGAUUUGUUUUCUCUUUGACGAGAAAGAGAUGUUUUUCUGAAAUUCAGCGUUAAAACAAAAGCUUAAUCGACUGUGAUUCCGUGUUGCGCAUAAACUCAGAAACAUGAAAUAGACCCACAGGGGGCAAAUACCUUUUAUAGUCAAUGUACGGCGCUCUGGGAAAGUCCUCAGAAGAAGAGAGUCUUGACGCGUCGGGAACGACGACGCCAACGCUCUCGCCCCCUUGAACUGAUGCACAAAGCUAUCCUCCUUCCAUGAACUGAUGGAUUGUAAUUGCUGCUUUUAGGUUUAAAAUGUUGAUGAUGGACUGUGUUGAAGCAAUGCAAAGACACUUGCAUCUCAGACUGACUGGUGGCAGUGGAUGGACCGAACCGUGUAGGCCACAACGCAGAGGCCUCUUUCUGACCAGUGUUCAGCCUUGCAAGAGCCCUCUCUCGACUGAGGUGGAGGGGGGGGGGUACCAGACCGUACGGGAGCCCGUGUGGAAUGGCGUCGGAUCUGGCGUGUGCACCACCACUGACAUUGGCGCACUCCGGCACACGCCUGCCCAUUUUUGAACCAUUACAAGGCAUCACAAGCCAACCACUCGCUGCCAUGUCGUGACUUAUCAUUCCUGUCAUAUAUGUAUUAUAUCACUGCCACCUUGAGGAUGUCCUGAGUAACUGCAGACCAGUAGCGGGAUUCUAAUGGCCUCUGCACUCUUCGAGGGACUCGUCGUCAUCAUUAUGAUUGGGCUGAUAUCGGUGCUGAGACAAUGAUGAAAGAACCUUAUAGAAAAAGUUCCUGCCACUCACUCGGUGUUUUAUGACUUGCUUUUUAGUCUUUGCCGUCAUGGGCUUUUUUAUCCUUAUGAAAUACAAUUAUUAUUUACUAUUUGAAUGAUACAGUAAUGCACAGGCUUGCAAUAGGUGGAGAAAGUCCCACCAGCACUACUCAUCAUGAAAACAUUUGGCAUAGUAUUGUUGCCAAUAUUCUGUAUUUAAUUUUAAUUUUAUUGACAAGUCUUAUAUGCUUUUUUUUUUCCUGUCAAGUUUGUUACUUGUUUUUUUUUUGUUUUUUUUAAGAUGCUGGGGCAUAUAAUAUUCUUACACCAAUUACACCAACUUUGUAGAUGAUUAUAGAAUUUGUGUAAGAAUAGUUUGACAAUGUAAGGAAUGUAUAAAUGAUAGGCAUUGGUACUGUACAGUAUGUAGUGCUAAGAACAAGCUGCAACGAUGGACAACCUUUGAUACGUGCAUCGUCAGCCCAUAGAAAUGUCAUGAAAAAAAUGGAAUAGACGUAGAGUAGCGAGGGUCAGUGGAAUGUCGUACGGCGAGAGUAUUUUUUCUAUUGAAAAUGUCGGGCGGGUUCUGUGGGUGCUUGUUGAACUUCAUUUACUUUGGAUUGAGAGUGACUACCAAUUUUACAGUGGUUUUAUAAUGAAAUAAUGCACAAUUAUUUUCUGUACAGUUUUUAUUUUUUAUUUUUUUGCUUUAUUUUUCAGUUUGUCCUCUUUUAUUCAAGUUCAAUUUUUACCAGCAAAGGAAAAAAAAGCAAGUUAUCCAGAGUUGUAUUUUUGUAUGUAGUAGUUCUUGCAGAACAGUAACAUAUUUUAACACUGGUUUUCUUAACAGGUAGUGCUGCUAGCACACACACACACACACAGACACACAUACACCCCUUUAACUUUCUCAGGUUCUUGUUAUGGACGUCCGAAUCUCUCGGACACAGUUUGCACAUCCUCGGGCUACUAACUGACCACAUCACCUUCAUCAUCCUUCAGGUUUUUCUUUUUUUCAAACUGUUCCUCCACCACGAUGGUCGUCUACUGUCAUUCCUGUUUUAUCAGAUAUAUGUUACUGUAGUCAUUACUGUCUGAAGAUAACUGCCUGUAUGAACUGUUUUAUGCCAGAAACCGUUUUAAUUGUUAGAUGGCGAACACGAUGUAGAUCCAUGUAUAACUGUCUGCUUUGACUUAAGCACUGUGUGAAUUUUUCUAUUUGAUAAAGACUCAUAUCUGGUGUCAGUGGUGCGUACAAUGCAAUGAGAGCUCCAAAUACUUUAGGCGUAGAGGUUUACAAUACAAACAGGUUUCCUUCGUCUCAUUACACUUGAUACAAUCACUGUAAAGCUUUCCUCGUGAGUUAAUCAGCUUGUAAUAACAUUUCAGUCUCGUAUUGAUAACACACAACUGAAGUCCACUGUUGAGCUUUGAAAAACGUUCGCUGUGUUUGAAACCGACGUGUCUUGAUCCACCACAUGAACUCGCAUCUCUCACACACACAAACACACAAGUUCCUGUGUCACAUUUGUUUUUAACACAUUAAAUUUGAGACUAGGAACACCACAAUCAUGGCAUUAUACUUAUGUAUGAAUGCAGGCAUUGGUGUCUUAUUAUUGUGUUGCACCAGUUGAAUAAAAAGCAGCUUUUUACGAA